AUGGCUCCAAACCUGUACAACUCUUGACUCUGUCUCCUUCUGCUGUUGGGGUUCUUGGGAAUGAUGAGCACAUGGCAUGCCCAAUCUCAUUUAACCAGGGCUCAGUGGAAUGGCCGCUGGAACUGUCAUAAUAGUACAGCACAGGUGCUUUUAACCUACUAUCACCUCACAAGAGGAAGGUAUCCAAGCUGCAGUUACAGCCGAAGACUGAGAAAGAUGUUCUACACUAUUGCCUGUGACCAACGGUCUCCACAGGACUCACUUCAAUUUCAAAUGGUUCCAGUUUACUUAGAAUCUACUAAAUGCCUGUAUGAUCUCUCUGUGCUACUCCUCACCAUCUAUGUCCCCCAAUACAGCCAUUCUCCUAUAAUACCAUUCACUCUGGACCUCAGCAUCCUUGCCCAUCACUCACACCCCCAUCAUCAAUCAGUUGAGUUGAGCUGACUGUAGACCCUUUAAUCUGGUAUUUGUGGGAAAUUCAGAGAUGUACAUAAAGAGAUUCCCUGUGUCAUAA